AUGAGGGGGGGGGGGGGGGGGGGGGGGGGCGGAAGAGAUGGUCAGUCAAAGAAGGACGCACAACAACGGUGCACCAGAAAACCGAAAUGGGAUGACAAAGGAAAAUCGCUUAUGUUUGGAGGCAGCCAGGGCUUUGUCAACAAGCAUGAGGGGGGGGGGGCCCAUGCGGAAAGAGAGGGGUGGGGACAAAGAGCGAUGGAUGGGAGCGGGGGGUGUGGCAUGCAGUAUGCUGUAGACGGCACAGAACACUUAUAUUCUGCAGAGAUUCAGUAG